UUCAUGGGGUCCCAAACAGCUCUGAGAUUUAGAGUAUUGGGUUACAGUUUCGCAGCAAAAUGGCGACUGUCAUUCAGAAUCCUCUCAAAUCGCUAGGUGACCAGUUCUACCGGGAGGCCAUAGAACACUGUCGCAGCUACAACGCACGUCUGUGUGCCGAGCGGUCGGUCCGCAUGCCCUUCCUGGACAACCAAACUGGCGUGGCCCAGAACAACUGCUACAUCUGGAUGGAACAGCGCCACCGCGAGCCAGGUGUGGCUGCUGGACAGAUGUAUACGUACCCUGCACGGUGCUGGAGGAAGAAGAGGCGGCUCCACCCCCCUAUGGACCCUCAGCUACGCCUCUGUGAAUUACGACUGGAGGCAGAGCUGGCCCCUAAGAAGGAGCCCUCCCCAGGAGAGGCCACAGCUCUGGAGACCCUGCUCAGAGGGGAGGGGCUACUGGAGAAGAAGAAAGACAUCAUCAAGGAGGAUGAGACCCUUCUAGAGAUACAGAGGGUCUUGGAAGCAGACGAGAAUGGGGACGGUUUCCAUGACGACGAGGACUUUGAAGUGGACACUCCGAAGAGGAAGCAGAGGAAAGGAAGGGGCAGAGGGUCCAGUCGCAGGAGGACAGAAGCUGCUACCAACGAUGAUGUGGAUAAACCUUACGUCUGUGACAUCUGUGGCAAACGAUACAAGAACCGCCCAGGCCUGAGUUACCACUACGCCCACACACACCUGGCUGAGGAGGAAGGGGAGGAGGAGAGGGAGGAAGAGAUGCCACCGACCCCGCCACCACACCGACCAGACCCAGACCCAGACAACCACAAACCUCAGAGGGCGGCAGAUGGCUCCAUCAUCCCUAACGACUACUGUGACUUCUGUCUGGGAGACUCUGACUCUAACAGGAAGACUGGCCAGGCUGAGGAGCUGGUGUCCUGCUCUGACUGCGGCCGCUCCGGCCACCCUACCUGUCUGCAGUUCACAGACAACAUGAUGAUGGCGGUGAAGACAUACCUGUGGCAGUGCAUCGAGUGCAAGUCCUGCAGCCUCUGCGGCACCUCAGAGAACGACGACCAGCUGUUGUUCUGUGACGAAUGUGACAGAGGAUACCACAUGUACUGUCUGAAGCCCCCCAUGACCCAACCUCCUGAAGGUAAGAGCCACUGAUCAAAGACUGAUCCCACACAGCUCAGUGAUCAUACACCAAGAGUCUCCUCUCUGACGACAUUCUCACCAGGGAGACUUUGAGUGUGGGCAGAGAGUUCCGGAAACAAUGUUUUUAAACGUCAAGACAUUAAACAGAGGCACAGUACUUACAACUACCAGCACAUGAACACAGCGUUGCAUUUCUAGUCCACAACAAGAAGAUCAAGUGUUUUGACUCUCCCCCCCUCUCUCUCCUCUACAUCUCUCU